AUGGCAGAAAUACCAGCUGGUACCACUUUGCCAGUAGAUCCCCACUUCGAACUCUUCCUGCGCGAUCUCCCCCCAGACACCCCCGAAGAAACAAACACCAGCCCCAGGGCAAUAAAGCGAAUCCUAAACACCCAACCGCAACAACCCGACAGCAGAAUCAGUUCCACUGUCGAAUACACCCAUGAAUACGUCGUCAUAAAUAACGUACCCCCCUCGAUAAUCACCUCCGAGCUAGACGACCGCGACCUUAUCGGCAAGGGAGACCUGAUCUUCUACCACGAGGGUCUGCAGAACCUCAUCCUCAGAGUCCCGUCCCUGGUUGGGGAGAUGGCAAAGAGGCAAACAUUUUUUGUUUUCCACAGAUAUUUAGCGGAGCGGGGCUUGGAGGACGAGUUGGAUGCGCUCGGGGCGACGUUAUGUGUGGAUCCUCCGUAUAGCAAGGAGCCGAGUGAGUCCUGGAUUCCAGUAGCGGUGGUAGAGGGAAGGAAUUGGAAGUGGCCGAGUGUGGUUCUUGAAGUGGGAUAUUGUUAUGAAAGACUGCGUACUGAAAUGGAGUGGUGGUUACGGUAA